CUUGUGGAGAAAUUCCCAGUCCGGAUGGAGGAGGAGGAGGAUUGUCAUCAUCAUCAGCAUCAUCAUCAAUCAACAUUGUUCCAGCUUGCCUUCUCCGCACCUUGCCCAUCAACAGCCCCUCUAUUACGCUACGCUUGCUUUAUGCUCAGCUCCUCAUUGUCUUAUAUCUAAGUCCAUAAAACAGACUUGGACGAUGGCAGCGCAACCUCUCAAUCCGCCUCCACCCCCAGAAUGGGUGGUCAGGCUAAACACCCCGAUGCCGCGCCCAAGCAAAGAGGCCGCCAAAAUCCCCGAUCCUCCAGGCUAUUCGAAGAAAAUGGGCGGUAAAAAUCUUGCGCAGCAGUCAUCGACCACCGCCGCGCCGACCAAGCCCGAGGAUACCGAUACCCUGAAGCUGAAGAAGGCCUGGGAGAUUGCCCUGGCCCCCUCCAAGCAAAUCCCCAUGAACGCGAUCAUGAUGUACAUGUCUGGCAACAGUCUCCAAAUCUUCAGCAUAAUGAUGGUCUUCAUGCUCUUCAAGGGCCCGAUUCAAGGUCUCAUCAAUACCAACACUGUCUUCACCAAGUUCGAAACCGAAGGCACGCGGGGCAAGCUUCUGGGCGUCAAGGCCAUUUAUGUAGUAAUGCAGCUAGUCUUGCUUUGCUUGGGUAUCUGGAAGGUCAACGCGAUGGGACUCUUGCCGACUACGAGAUCGGAUUGGUUAGCUUGGGAGUCGGAGCGGCAAUCGUUGGAGCCGGCUUAUUUUGCAUUUGGAUGAAUUGCCCAGGGUGUAUGUUCUAUAUUAGGUACAGGAUGUUGGCGCACAGAAAGUAUAAAUUGGCCGCAGGGUUGAUAUCAAACAAUUAUUUCGUGCAAAAGAACCGUCCGGUUGUCUGGGAGCCCUUCGCUUAUUGGACUCGUACUAGAUGUACGUGUGUAGCAAUUACCAUACUUUUGUACAGUACAGAUGGC